ACCCGGACAAUUUGAUUACCGGUGCCGACCAACCAGUGUUUGUGUUUGUGUUUGUGUGUGUGUGUUUGGAUUACUUUUUUUUUCAAAAAGAAAAAAAAGAAUUUAAAAAAAAAUUUCUCAUUUUGUCUGUCAUCUAGUGUAAUAUAUGUGGAUUGGUUAAUGUGUUUGUGUGUGUGUGUCUGUCUUUUUUUUUUGGUAAUCUCCAGAAAUCUAAAUAAAUAACAAAAACACACACACAUCACAAACAUAUGAAAUUUUCUUUUUUUUAUUGAAAAAAAAUUAUUUCAAACUAUAAAAACGACCAUCAUCAUUAUUGGUAUCAUAUUUAUGAUUCCGGUUCCUUCGACUUUUUUUUUUUUUGAUUGAUUGAUUUGAUUCUAAAAAAAAACCUAAAGUGCCUAAAAUUUUGUUGUUGUUGUGAUUUUAACAAACGAAAAAUCAUUAUGUCGACAAAAGAACAACAGACCGGUACCGCUAACGGCGGCGGUGGUGGUGGUGGUGAAGAAUCUCGUCCAUUAAUUGUUGGUGGUGGAACAGCAUUGAAAAGUAAUCUAGCUAAACCACGUUCUGAUGAUAAUCAACCAACAUCGGCUCAAACACAACCAAAACAGAUUGUAUUUCGUACGGCAGCAUCAGCACAAGCAGCAGCUGCUAAUUCAGAGAAUCGAUUUCAAGUGGAUAAAGUAAAUGAUGAUGAUGAUUCAGAAGAUUCUGAAGAUUCAUAUGGUGAAGGUCUUUAUGGUAGUAGUGGUGCUGGUUAUGCAACAAAAAAUCUAAAAAGUUUUCGUCAUUAUACACGUGAAGCAUUACCACGUGCUGAUCAUUAUCGUAAUGUUGAAUCAGUACAUGGUUUUAUGGCACGGCCAACAUUAGAUGAAUUACAUGGUACACAGGCUACUGUUUCAUUUGAUAGUAAUACGGGUAAAAUUGUCAUACAAAAAGCUGGAGAACAAGCUGAAGAUGGAUCAGAUUCAAAAGCAGUUAAAUUCGGUUGGAUUAAAGGUGUAUUGGUACGAUGUUUACUUAACAUUUGGGGUGUUAUGUUAUUUUUACGUCUAUCAUGGGUUGCUGCACAAUCUGGUAUUAUUCAUGGUACAAUUAUUUUGUUAUUAGCAUCACUUGUAACCAUUGUAACAACAAUGUCGAUGUCGGCCAUUUGUACAAAUGGUGAAGUUAAAGGGGGUGGUACAUAUUAUAUGAUUAGUCGAUCAUUGGGUCCAGAAUUUGGUGGUUCUAUUGGUAUUAUUUUUUCAUUGGCUAAUGCUGUUGCUGUUGCUAUGUAUACAGUUGGUUUUGCUGAAACUGUUCGUGAUCAUCUUGGUCAAUAUGGUAAAAUGAUAUUUGAUGGUGGCCUUAACGAUAUCCGUUUGGUUAGUUCGAUUACUGUGAUCGUAUUGCUUGGUAUUGUUUACAUUGGUACCGAAUGGGAAGCACAAACACAAGUGUUUCUUUUAUUUAUUCUUUUGGCUGCUAUGGGUGAUUUCCUUAUUGGUUCAUUUAUGCCACCAACUGAUUAUCAGAUUGCACGUGGUUAUAUUGGUUGGAGCUCAUCAUUGAUCUGGGAAAACAUGUUUCCAGCGUAUCGGAAUGAAUCAUUUUUCUCCGUAUUUUCGGUCUAUUUUCCAGCUGCUACUGGUAUUUUAGCCGGUGCUAAUAUUUCUGGUGAUUUGAAAGAUCCAUCAUAUUCAAUUCCAUUGGGUACAUUUUUGGCUAUCAUCAUAACAACAAUCAGUUAUGUUGGAUUUCAUUUUAUUGUUGCUGCUAAUGUUGUUCGUGAUGCUAAUGGUGUUGUCGAAUUGGUUCAUCAUCCUGGUGUUAAAGAUGUUGUACAGGCUAUACGUAAUUGUAGUCUUGCACCCGAUGAAAUUUGUCAUUAUGGUUCGAUGAAUAAUUUUCAGAUUAUUGAAUUAAUGUCCUGGUUUGGUCCAAUUAUCUAUGCUGGUAUUUAUGCUGCAACAUUAUCUUCAGCAUUAGCCAGCAUGGUGUCUGCACCCAAAGUAUUUCAAGCUCUUUGCAAUGACAAACUUUUCCCUGGUAUUGCCUAUUUUGGUAAAGGUUUCGGUAUUAAUAAUGAACCUCGACGUGGCUAUUUACUUACAUUUUUGAUUGGUUUUUCUUGCUGCUUAAUGGGUGAAUUGAAUCUUAUUGCACCAAUCAUUUCAAAUUUUUUCUUGGCCGCUUAUACAUUGAUUAAUUUUAGCUGUUUCCAUGCUAGUUGGAGUAAAUCACCCGGUUUCCGUCCAAGUUUCAAAUAUUAUAAUCUAUGGAUAGCAUUAUUUGGUUCUUUUCUUUGUUUGGGAGUCAUGUUUAUGACCGGAUGGGUUCCAGCAUUAAUAACAUUCAUUAUUGUAUUUGCUCUACAUGUUUGGGUACAAGCUCGUGCUACUGAGGUCAAUUGGGGUUCAUCAACACAAGCGCAAACACAUCGUUCCGCUGUUUCCAGCGUCUAUAAGCUAACCAUGUUACCUGAUCAUGUGAAAACAUAUCGUCCACAGAUAUUAUUAUUAUCCGGUAAUCCACCGGCAAGAUCGGAUUUUGUUGAUCUUGCUCAUUUAAUAACAAAAAAUACCGGUCUUUUAAUCUGUGGACAUAUUGUUACCACACCGAUUUCUGUUCGUGCACAAAAUGCAUUGCUACAUGAUGGAAAUCUCUAUCUAAUCAAUCGAAAUAUGAAAGCAUUUUUCAAUUUAAUACAAGAUUCAAGUUUUAGUCAAGGUGUUCGUUCAUUAAUGCAAGCAACUGGUAUUGGUAAAUUACGACCAAAUAUUGUAAUGCUUGGUUUUAAACGUGAUUGGAUUGAUAGUCAACCAAAAGAAGUUGUUGAAUAUUUCAAAGCAAUUCAUGCCAUUUUUGAUUAUCAUUUCUCAAUCGUUAUUGUACAUGUACCGAAUCGUAAAGAAGUUACUAAUGGUGAUGUCAAACCAUCGACUGCACCCGCUCCUGUUUUAGGUGAUAAUAACAAUAAAGAUACGGCUGUUGUACAAAUGAAAGAUGAAGCUAUACCACAAGAUAGUUUCUUCUUAUCAAAACAAAAGAAAGGAUAUAUUGAUGUAUGGUGGUUGUAUGAUGAUGGUGGCCUUACAUUAUUAUUACCAUAUAUUAUUCGUACACAAUCACAAUGGAAAGAUUGUAAACUUCGUGUAUUUGCUUUGGUAAAUAAAAAAUCUGAACUUGAUGCUGAACAAAGAAAUAUGGCACAAUUAUUAUCAAAAUUCCGUAUCGAUUAUUCGGAUGUUAUACUUAUCACUGAUCUAUUAAAACCACCAGAAGAAUUUUCUAAACGAGAAUUUCAUAGAAUGAUUGAAAAAUUUAUUGUUGAUGAUUCAGAAGAACGACAUGAUGCUGAACGAAAAGAUGGUAUGACAAUUACCGAAACAGAUUUGAUUCGAUUCAGGGAUAAGACUUAUCGCCAUAUUCGUCUUCGUGAAAUUUUGCUCAAUUAUUCCAAGGAUUCAAGACUGGUUGUUAUUACAUUACCUAUGCCACGUAAAAAUUCAUGUCCGGCUGUAUUGUAUAUGGCAUGGCUGGAAACAUUGACCAAAAACAUGCCACCUAUGAUGUUGAUGCGUGGUAAUCAGACCGAUGUAUUGACAUUCUAUUCGUAAACAAAAUUAUGGUCAAAUGAUUAUUCCAACUAUAUUUCCAUCCAUACUAAACAGACAAACAAACAAAGUGAUCAUUUUUGAUGUUGAUAUCUGAUUAAAAUAGUAGAAAAAUUUC